AUGACGGUUUCAAACUGGACCGUGUGGCCCCCGCUCACCCUCACACCAGGACAGUGUGUCGGGCAAUGGGACUGCUAUUCCACGACACCUGCUUCAUCUGCGGUAUUUGCGUAUUCUGGUGUACACCCUUCCCCUGAAGUCUGUGAUAGUUGUGGACAAUUAAUCGUGGACAUGGUUCUGCAGGCCCUUGGGAAGUCCUACCAUUCAGCUUGUUUUCGCUGUGUCAUCUGCAGACAAAGCCUGGAGGGGCUGCCUUUCACUGUGGACACAGAUAACAAGGUCUAUUGUGUCAGGGACUACCACAAGAUGCAGGCUCCGAGGUGUGCAGUUUGUGGACUGGCCAUUAUACCAUCCGAGGGAUCUACCGAGUCCAUUCGAGUGGUGUCCUUUAACAGAAAUUACCACGUGGAGUGCUAUGGCAGUGAGGUGAACCUCACGUGAAGCAGGCGCCAGGUGGCCUGGAAGGUGCUUGGAUCAUUUUGUGUCAUACCUGUCUUAUAAGUGCGAGAGAA